GCGAGGGAGGUAGAAUCUAGCGGAGAAGAACCCGAGGGGCAGCCUCAUUGAAAGCUGAGCGAAUCCAAGUCCGGUGCGAUUCCAAGCUAGUGGUAGGCCACGUCACUGGAGAAUUUGAGGCCAAGGAUGAACGAAUGAGGAAGUAUAGAGACACUGUCCUGGAGUUGCUUAAAGCCUUCGGGGCGUACCAGAUAGAGCAGGUUCCUCGGGAAGAGAACGCUGAGGCAGAUAUCUUGUCAAAGCUUGGUCCGGAUUCCCCGGAUCAUAUUAAGGCAAUGACCCAGGAAGAAGAGUUGCUCGAGCCAAGCAUCAGUCCCGGACAAGUGCUGAUCAUCACACUCAGAGAGAAGCCGGAUUGGAUUGAUGAGAUUACCAUGUACAUCCUUGACGGGUCGCUACCUAUCGACCCAAUCGCGGCAAAGGUGGUGAAGCGACGUGCACCCAGCUACACGCUGGAGUGCGGUCGGCUGUAUAAGCGAUCGUACAAUGGUACAUUGUUGAGGUGCUUAAGAACGGGCGAGGCACAAAAGUUAAUGGAGGAAAUCCAUGAGGGAAUAUGUUCAGCACAUCAGGGAGCCUUCACGAUGUCCAGGAAGGUGACCCUACAAGGAUACUUUUGGCCAACGAUUAUAAGAGAUUGCGCAGAGUACGUGCGCAAAUGCAAGGUUUGCCAGGAAUUCCAGAGGAUGCCAGGGCGACCGGCGACGAAUUAUACCCCGAUAAGCACAGCGAUUCCUUUUGCCCGGUGGGGCAUCGAUCUGGUCGGUAUUUUGCCUCGGGGGACGGGGAACAACACAUACCUGGUGGUCGCGAUCGACUACUUCACCAAGUGGGUCGAGGCCGCCCCCGUGCCAACCAUCACUGCGGAACAGAUGACGAAGUUCGUUUCCAAGCAAAUCUUGUGCCGAUUUGGGGUUCCCCAGCAGAUCAUCACUGACAACGGAACCCAAUUCGAGGCCGGAGGGUUCAAUGAGUUUCUACAGAGCUGGGGCAUAAAACACAGCUAUGCAGCGGUCGGGUACCCACAAACCAAUGGGCAGGUAGAGAACACCAAUCGUACCAUCAUGGAUGGCCUCAAGAAGAAGAUAAUGGAAUGCAAAAGUGCCUGGGUGGAAGAGGUGCCCUAUAUUUUGUGGACCUACAGAACUACCCCAAGGAAGGCAACAAGUGAAACUCCUUUCUCGCUCACAUAUGGAUUUGAAGCAAGGGCUCCAGCGGAGACCUCGUUGUUAAGUUAUAGAGUAGAGAUGUUUGAUGCUCAAGGAAAUGAGGAGAACCUGAGGGCGGAGCUGCACCUCAUUGAUGAGCGAAGGGAAAGGGCAUAUAUGUGGGCAGAAAACUACCGCCGGCAGGUCAAGUCAUAUCACGACCAGCGGGUGCGACCAAGGCAGUUCAAGAUGGGCGACUGGGUCCUUCGGAAGAGGGAGGUCAGCCGGCCGACCGAUGGAGGAAAGUUGGCUAAAAGCUUCGAGGGGCCAUAUAUCAUAAAGGAGGUGUUGGCUGAUGGGACAUUUAGAUUGCAGACUCCAACCGGUGGCGACGUUCCGCGAGUAUGGAAUGCCGCCAACCUUAUUAAAUUUUAUCAAUAGAUUGUAUUCCAUCCAUGUCUUUUCUUGAGAUUUAAUAAAUCCAGCUCUCUGGCACAUCUUGUCUCCAAUUCUCAAAAAAAA